GCGAGUCAUCUCAGCGACCAAUUAGAUGCGAACAAGCAGGCGCCGCUGUCUGUGAACUGCCAACGCGUUAUGAGCGGAAUGACAAGCCAAGGCUGAACGCUGCCCAGAUGUGCUUGGCAUGGGAUGCUUUCCUGAGCCUCAUCUAUUCUUCAUCUUCACUUGAUGGAAGAGGGAUGGAGAAACAAGCUCGUUCUGUGUGAUUCACCCUCCUGCUGUAGCGAUGAGUAACCUGCUCCAAAACACUUCUCUUUUGAAUUGGGAUGUAUUAGAAGGAAGAAACAGCUCCUGGGAGCUGGAACCGGUGCCCACGAUCGUUAACCCGUGGGAUGUUCUGCUGUGCGUGACGGGAACGCUCAUGUCCUGCGAGAACGCAGUGGUGAUCGCUCUGAUCGCCUACACUCCCACCUUGAGAGCGCCUAUGUUCGUCCUCAUCGGGAGUCUAGCGUUUGCUGACCUCCUGGCCGGCCUGGGCCUGAUCCUCAAUUUCAUCGUAACUUACAUAAUUGAUUCGGGAUUUGUCACGCUACUGUCAGCGGGGCUCCUCAUCACAGCCUUCUCGGCGUCUGUGCUCAACAUCCUUGCGAUUACCGUGGACCGUUACCUGUCGCUGUACAAUGCAUUAACGUACCACACUGAGGGCUCUGUGUUCACGUACAUCACACUCAUGCUGAUGUGGGUCAUCAGCAUCGUGCUCGGUUUGCUCCCCGUCCUGGGCUGGAACUGCUUGGAGGACGAGAGCACUUGUAGCAUCUGUCGACCGGUGAACAAGAACAACGCUGCGGCUCUCGCCGUGUCCUUCCUCCUGAUCUUCGCUCUCAUUCUGCAGCUGUAUCUUCAGAUCUGCAAGAUCGCUUUCCGGCACGCUCAGCAAAUCGCGGUUCAGCGUCAGUUCAUGACUGCCUCGCAUUCGUCUUCCACCACGAAAGGGGUCUCCACCCUCACCACCAUCCUGGGCACUUUUGCGUUCUGUUGGAUCCCUCUCGCCAUGUACUCGCUGGUGGCGGACAUCCGAUCACCUGUGAUUUACACCUACGCUACGGCUCUUCCGGCCAUCUGCCACUCCAUCAUCAACCCCAUGAUAUAUGCGUUCAGGAACCCUGAAAUUCUCCGAUCUUUGAGAAUUGCUUGUUGCUGGUGCAUGCCUUACAGUUUCACCAUGCGACCCAGGACACCCAGCGAUGUGUAGCGUCUUCAGAUUAAAGCACAGUGUUGGUGGUGGCCUGUCUGUAAAGCACAUGGCGCAUAUAAUCCACAUAUUGUAAUCCAGUGGAGUGGGUGAAUAUUUUUUUAUUUGGCCGAUUUGGUAGCUCUUCAUAUCAUUGUGUCCAUGUUACAUGUACAGUAUGAUAUGUUACUAUGAUUAAUUGGUAAUUAAAAUUAUUUUAUAUAAAAUCAAGAUUAACUUCCUUACGGUAAGGUACAUGGUGAUGGUAAAAACUGUAUUUUAAUGUUUUUGCGUUCUCUCACAAAGCUUUUGCGUUCUCCCAUGAAAUGUUGUAUUUCACAUAUCCCAGAGAAAUUUUGCAUUCACUCUCAAAACUUUAUGAGUUCCUCCGAGAAACUUUGUAUGCUUGCAAAUCUUUUAUGACAGAAAUAAUAUGGCGUGGGAAGGAAGACUAUAUUUCAAUGUUUUUAUGUUCUCUCGCAAGACUUUAACAUUUCCCAGAGAAACUCACUCGCAAAACUUUUGUGGCUGCAAUAAUAUGAGGUUGGAGGAAACACUAUAUUUUAAUGUUUUUGCAUUCUCUUGCAAAACUUUCACAAUCCCCUGAGAAAUUUUGCAUUAGUUCGCGCAACUUUUGCAUUCCCCUACGAAAUUUAGCAUUUGCUCAUAAAGGUUUUGCAUAUCCCUGAGAAAUUUUGCAUUCACUUGCAAGACUUUUACGUUCCCCCGAGAAACUUUGCAUUAUAUGAAGUGGGAGGAAAAACUGUAUUUCAAUGUUUUUGCGUUCUCUUGCAAAGCUUUGCCCCAGAAACUUUGCAUUUGCUCGCAAAUGUUUUGCAUAUUCCCUCUAAAUUUUGCAUGCACUUGCAAAAUUUUGCGUUCUCUUGCAAGACUUUUACUUUCCCCCAGGAAACUUUGUAUGCUUGCAAUAUUAUGAGGUGGAAAGAAAAACUAUAUUUCAACGUUUUGCAUUCUCUCGCAAGACUUUAACAUUCCUCCGAUAAAACGUUUUGUGUCUGCAAUAAUAUGAGGUGGGAGGCAAAACUGUAUUUCAAUGUUUUUGCAUUCUCUUGCAAAGCUUUCGUGUUCCCCCCAGAAAUUUUGCAUUUGCUCGCAAAAGUUUAGCAUAUUCAGAAAAAUUUAGCAUUGUCUCACAAAAAUGUUGCGUUCACUCUUAAGACUUUUGCAUUCGCCUGCGAAACUUUGCAUUCGCUUGUAAAACUUUUGUGAUAGAAAUAAGAUCAUUUUAGAGAAAAAAAUGGCAUGUCAGUGCUCUUGUGAGUGAAUGAAAAGUUUCUCAUGGAAAUGUAAUAGUUUUUGUGAGAGAAUGAAAAUGUUUUGCAAGAGAACGUAAAGUUUCUCAGGGGAACGCAAUGAUUUUGUGACAGAACACAAACGCAUAAAAUGAAAUUUUCCCUCCCAUCUCAUAUUUUCUUCCAUCACCAUGUCCCCUUAGAGACUCCGUACUGACUGGCAACAAAAUCCUGCAAGUUGCUUCACACCACAGUAAAAAUGUAGUGUAAAACAAAAAACUGUCUAGAAUGGUUUAAGACAUACUGUACAAUGACUGUACCGGGUAAAUAAUUUGUGUUUGUCAAGGGUGUUGUUGAGAUGAGACUCUGGCGUAUGUUCCAGCACUCCCUUGUGACCCUACAUAGAAUAAAGCAAAUACAGAAAAUGGAAGUAUGAAUGUACAAUAAAUUAUGAUUGUUGUUUGUAUGCCAGAUAUACAGGAUACUUACAGUACUGUACAAUGAACCACAGUAAGCAUAGUUACAUGGUGCAUAACUACAAUCUGCUGCUGGUUAAUAAUCCAACAAAAUACUAGAAUACAGAGAAACACCAUUGCACUUCAGUUCACUACUAUCAAAAGACUGCGUAAUUACAAGCAGCUCCACCAAAUAAUGACACACUAAGUACAUGCGGCAUAUUAUACUCAGAAUGUGAGGACACAGUAACAUGAACACUUGACCUGCGAUGUUUGGUGGCAUUGAUAUCAAUGGAUGUUUCUAUAUGCAUCUAGACAUUAUUCCAGUAUUGGAUUCCAACACAGAUAAUCAAAUAGUAAUGUGGUGUCCAAAUACAAAUAACAUCAUCAUCAUCAAAAGGGUAUAUAGGCCUAUAAAUAUCCAAAUGUAGCAUACACAUUGCAUUGUUGUCUGUAAGCAGUGUGGUAUGCUUGCAUUCUACAAAUUUUCCCCUUAAAAUGGUAUCAGGUUAAUAAAAAAAAGUACUUCCACAGCUUGUCAAUACUAAUUUUUGCCAUCAAACUAACCACUGUGCAAAUAUUCCAUUGGUGUGCCAUUCCAUUCCUGGUUGUUCAUGUCCAGGAACCCUAACAGUGAUUUGUUUAGGAUAGCAGAACAUGUGUUAAACUAGACAAUUAUUAAAAUAUUAAUGCAUCAUGUUUGGGUUUAAGUUCUCUACACUAUUUCUAAUAUGCUGAUAUAUAUUGAUGUGAUCUUCCAGGUGUAUCGUCACAACACUACCAUACGAACAGACAGAGAUAAUCGUUUUCUGUAGUACACUAUUGAUUGCUUUCGCAUUUCUUUGAUGCCGACAUCAAUCAAAUGACCUAAAUGGUGUUGUGUGAACGUGUGGUUCAGUAUGCCUUAUCUGCACUUGCUUUUAAUGUGCUGCAAAUGGUUUCGCAAUCAUUUGAGAUUUGUAAAUGCAACGGUAAAUAGAGAACAGUUGUGUUUGUAUUCACAGUCGUUUUCAGUAUGGGACCCGCUAUGAAAACGCUAUGAGUAUCAUCUACUAAAAGGGUGCCCUAACGUGUAGUUCUGGGUUCACUGUCAUCAGUUCACCUGAGACAACAUCUUCUAUAGAGGCAGCCAAAGAACCAAAUUUGACAUGUUGGAUUUACUGAACUUGAAUGAAACUACUGUGUUAUUUAAAAUGUUAUAGUAUAAAAUGUCUACAUGUCUGAAUGUACUGUGCGUUGAUAAAAUUUCACUUGAGCAGCUGUGAUUGUCUCAGACUUUAACUUUGUAAGACAGUUUAACAUAAAAUAUUGGUCUUUAUACACGACAAUGUCACAUUACAAUUAUUUUCUGUGUAACAUUUAUAUAGAAGUAUAUUUUUGUACUUGAUUAGAAAGUUGCACUCCUUGUGUGUUGAGCAGUGUAUUGAGAUAGGUCCCAUAAAUAGCGUGUCACAGUGUCACUGAUCUCUGUCCAGCAAUUACUCCAGAAACCUGGCUGUGUCUUCAUGUUUGGAAUUUAAUACUAGCCUACUGCUUACUGCACAGUGUUAGUGGUUCUCAACUUUUUUGACUUCAAGGCCCCCCUUUGUCCAAGACAAUAUUCGAAGGUCCUUUUA